ACAAAACCCUCACUGCCAUCUCGUGCUCCACAGGAAUGGCCAAGUCCCUGAUCUUGUGCACAGCGCUCGCGGCGUGCCUGACGAUUGCCGCCGCCGACUGGUCUCAAGGCACCGCCACGUUCUACGGCGGACCCGACGGUUCCGACACCAUGGGCGGCGCUUGCGGUUACGAGAACCUGUACAACGCCGGGUACGGCAUCAACAACGCGGCGCUGAGCGAGACGCUGUUCAAGGAUGGCGCGUCGUGCGGGCAGUGCUACCUCAUCAUCUGCGACGGGUCACGCCCGGGCGGCCAGUACUGCAAGCACGGCACGGCGAUCACCAUCACGGCCACCAACCUGUGCCCGGCCAACUACGCGCUGCCCAACGGCGGUUGGUGCGGCCCGGGGCGCCCCCACUUCGACAUGUCGCAGCCGGCGUGGGAGAACAUCGGCGUCUACCAGGCCGGCAUCAUCCCCAUCGUCUACCAGCAGGUCAAGUGCUGGCGCAACGGUGGCGUGCGCUUCAGCAUCGCCGGGUUCAACUACUUCCUCCUCGUCAACAUCCAGAACCUGGCCGGCAGCGGCUCCGUAGGCGCAGCCUGGAUCAAGGGCGACAACACUGGGUGGAUCCAGAUGUCCAGGAACUGGGGCACCAACUGGCAUGCGCUCUCCGGACUAGUCGGCCAGGGGCUUAGCUUCGCCGUGACCAGCACCGGUGGGCAGUACAUUCAGUUCCUUAACGUCGUGCCAGGAUGGUGGCAGUUCGGCCAGACCUACAACACAUACCAGAACUUCGACUACUGAAAACUUACAGGUAGCAGAGUGAGAUCGAUCCUCGUUAUAUAGCCAUCUAUUGUGGUUCAAAUUCGGUCGUAUGUAGGGUGUGUUGUAUCUCUCCUACGUGGCCUCAGAACUGCAUGUGUAAAUGGCAGGGAGGAUGAAGAAGGGAUCCCACCCAGACCUUUAAGGCCCUCCUCAAAAUUUUAAUUCCUCCUGUAGUUACAACACUUUUUUUUUGAGAAUUAUGCUUUUCAACACUGUACAUCGAA